AUGCCACUGAUAGCAUUGGAUCCAUUUGAUGGUUUAUUGGCAGUUGCUCGGCAUACAUCAGUACCAACAUUGAAUAGUUAUAUUAUCAUCAGUCUACUAUUAACCAUUGGAUCUGCUUUUUAUGCGAAGUUAACAUUUACAAAAGAUGAGAUUGAAAAUCGCUUGAGUAAUAUCAAUGAAACUUUUCGAAAAACCGAUCCAGCUAGUGCCCUAAUAACAUCUGCACAUUUCCAACAAUUUUAUUAUAUAUUACUUCAUCCUACUUUUGGAUGGGUUUUUAUCAAUAUGUUUUGUGCAUUCUUAGCAUUAAUUGCGAAAUUAGUAACGCAUGCGGCGGUUGGGAAGCUGGGAGCUCAGGAAUCAGUGCUUUUACGUGAACGGUUGUGCAAUUUUCUGCUUUACAAGGCAGUAUUUUUAUUCGGUGUAUUAAAUAGCGUUGUGCAUGAAGAAGUGAUUGCAUGGGUUUUAUGGUUUGCAUUACUCGCAUCAGUAGCUGCGCUGCAGAGUAUUAUCGCUUACAAGUUAAAAUAUGUAAGGUGUUUACGAAGUUGGUUAGAGCAGGAUAAUUCGUGUCCAACUUGUCGGCUGGCGCUUCCUUCUUCAAGUAACCCAGCAGUUAUUGAAGGAUCACGAGAACGGUCGCGAGUUCCGAUAGUGCAGCUCUUUGGCCAUGUCUUUCAUUUUAGUGGUACUCGCUACGCACGUUGGUUACCAUCAUUUUCUGUUGAAUUGUCGCAUAAUGUUACACCCAAUUUCUUCCAACGCAACAGAUUUGGAAGCUUAGCAAAUUCACAGUUGAAUUCUUUAGCUGAACAAGUUCGAGAAAUGUUUCCCCAACUUGAAAUGGCGGCAAUUUUGGAGGAUUUACGUGAAAGCGGUUCAGUGCAGGCAACUGUGGAAAAUAUUCUUGAUAGCCGAUUUCGGCAGCAAAAUAUUGCACUCGAUUCAGAUGAGGAAAUUUGGAAUGGCGUGGAUUCACCCUCAUCUUCUAACUCCUCAACAGAAUCGUCAGGUGAAUACGAAGAAACUUUGAUGCCAUCAGGGUCUUGUUUUGGCUCUUGUUCAAUAGAACAUCGAGACAUCUUUUUGCAAAAGAAAGAUGCACUUAUUCAGCACCAUCGAAAGUGA